GUGACUUCAUGUAGCACCGGCAUCCACACCGAGAGAGGGAGGGAGAGAGGAGAGAGACUGUUAGAGGAAAUGAUCAGUCCCUGAACUAGGCAGCAGGAGGGUCACUUGAUACCGUCUCCUUCUCAGCGCCUGACGGACGGAGAGAUGCUCGCCGCUGUCCCGAUGACUUCACAGGCUGUGCGUCGCGUGCAGCGCGUAGAAUAAAUUAACCGGCAGUUUAUCUGGCUGUAUUUCAUGUCCGCACACAUCCACUGACUGACUGGCGGAGCCGCGGGACGUUUCCCUCAGCAAAAUCCCAGCGAAAUAACCGGAUCGGCGCUAUCCAUGAAUGAGUCUCCUCUUAUUUCAAGAAUGAUGUGAAGAUCACUUAAGAAGGACAAGACCGCUCUUCAGCUCAUCUCUUUCAGUGUGAUCCUGCUCCUUGGUGAUCCCAGGUGUUUCGUCUGAGUAUUUUUUAGGAGCCCCGCUGGGAUGGGAACGUGCUUGGAUAAAGGAUGGACUUACUGCGGCCUCACUAAAGGUCACCGCCGUCUAAAGGUCAUGUCAUGGCCUCUGGCACUGUGGCUAUUGACUCUAAUCUCUGUGAAUCAAAAGAUGAUUGUCGGACAGACUGUGAACAUCUUCCAAUCAGAGAGGAGGGAAUGGUCUCUGAACCACCUGACUGUGCAUCAGUCCACUGGGGCUCUGUACAUCGGAGCCAUCAACCGAAUCUACAAGUUGUCGGCUAAUCUCACCCUCCUGGUGUCCCAUGAUACGGGGCCAGAGUAUGACAACAAAGCUUGUUACCCUCCGCUGAUUGUCCAGCCCUGCUCUGAGCCGCUUGCCUCUACUGACAACGUUAACAAACUGUUGCUCAUCGACUACUCUCACAACCGGCUGCUGGCCUGCGGCAGUCUCUACCAGGGCGUCUGCAAGCUGAUGAGGCUGGAUGACUUGUUCAUCCUCGUGGAGCCCACACACAAGAAAGAACACUACCUGUCCAGUGACAACCAGACAGGGACGAUGUAUGGGGUCGUUGUGCCCUCGCAGGGUCAGGAUGCCACUCUGUACAUCGGCACUGCUGUCGGCGGCAAACAGGACUACUUCCCAACUAUCUCCAGCCGCAAGCUGCCUCGCGACCCAGAAUCCUCUGCCAUGCUGGACUACGAGCUCCACACUGACUUUGUCUCCUCUCUCAUUAAAAUCCCCUCAGACACGCUGGCUCUUGUCCCACACUUUGACAUCUACUACAUCUACGGCUUUGCCAGCGGCAGCUUCGUCUACUUCAUGACCGUGCAGCCGGAGACGCCAGAAAACGGGAUGCCUGCUGGCGGCUCCCCUGGCGACCUGUUUUACACCUCUCGCAUCAUCCGCCUCUGCAAAGGUGACAAGAAGUUCCACUCGUAUGUGUCGCUUCCUGUGGGGUGCGUACACAAAGGCGAGGAGUACCGCCUGCUGCAGGCAGCUUACCUGUCCAAGGCCGGCAGGGUUCUGGCAAAGUCGCUUAACAUCAGCGCUCAGGAGGAUGUGCUCUUUGCCGUGUUCUCCAAGGGACAGAAGCAGUGCCACGACCCUCCAGAUCACUCCGCUCUCUGCGUCUUCACCAUCCAAGACAUCAACACACGCAUCAAGGAGCGGCUGCAGUCCUGCUACCAGGGAGAGGGAAACCUAGAGCUGCACUGGCUCCUGGGAAAGGACGUGCAGUGCACCAAGGCGCCUGUUCCUAUUGAUGAUCACUUCUGUGGCCUGGAUAUAAACCAGCCCCUGGGGGGUUCCCAGCUGGUGUCAGGUCGGACGCUGUACACUGAGAGCAGGGACAGGCUGACCUCUGUCACCUCCUACGUCUACAAUGGACACAGUGUGAUCUUCUUGGGUACCAGGAGUGGACGGCUGAAAAAGAUCAGAGUGGACGGUCCUCUGGAGGGAGGAGUGCUGUACGAGACAGUGACCGUGAUGAAGGAUAGCAGCCCCAUCCUCCGGGACAUGGCCUUCUCCCUGGACAGGAACUCUCUCUAUGUCAUGUCUGACAAUCAGGUGGCUCAGGUCCCGGUGGAGGCCUGCGAGCAGUACGGUACAUGUGCCGAGUGUCUGAGCUCCGGUGACCCCCACUGUGGCUGGUGUGUCCUCUACAACAUGUGCUCGAGGAGGGACCGGUGUCUGAGGGCGGAGGAGACCUUCCGUUUCGCCACUGACAUUGAGCGCUGUGUGAAGGUUAUCGCUCACCCGGACAGCAUUGCUGUAUCAGCACAUAGUGUCCCUCUUCUACUGGAGGUGCAUAACGUUCCAGACCUUUCUGCUGGUAUCACCUGUUCAUUUGGCCAGCAGGCCGAGGUGGAGGGUCACGUCAACGGGAACAGGGUCAUGUGUCUGUCCCCAGCUGGGAAGGAGGUCCCUCAGAUACCAGAAGGACAAGACUGGGCCGGCGUCGAGCUUCGUCUGAACUCAAAGGAGACGGGUCAAAUGGUCGCCAGCACCGAGGUGAAGUUCUACAACUGCAGCACCCAUCAAACGUGUCUGUCCUGUGUAAACAGCACUUUUCGCUGCCACUGGUGUAAAUACCGCAACCUGUGCACCCACGACCCCAGCAGCUGUUCCUUCCAGGAGGGCAGAGUCAACGCCUCAGAGGACUGCCCUCAGCUCCUACACUCUGGGGAAAUCCUCCUUCCGGCCGGCGAGGUCCGACCCAUCACGCUGAGGGCCCGAAACCUUCCCCAGCCGCAGUCGGGCCAGCGAGGCUACGAGUGCGUGGUGCACGUGCAGGGUGUCAGCCACCGUGUCACGGCGCUGCGCUUCAACAGCACCAGCGUGCAGUGCCAGAACAGCUCGUACAUGUACGAGGGUGUGAAGAUCAGUGACCUGGCAGUGGACCUCUCCAUCGUAUGGAACGGCAAUUUCAUCAUCGACAAUCCCGAGAAGAUUAAAGUGCACCUCUACAAGUGCAGUGCCCAGCGGGACAGCUGUGGCAUGUGUCUGCGGGCGGAGAGGAAGUUCCAGUGUGGCUGGUGUAGCGGCGAGGGCCGAUGCACCAUGAAGCAGCACUGUCCUCCCAUCUCCCCCUAUGCCAGCCGCUGGCUGGACCUUUCUGCCAGGAAUGUCAAGUGCACCAACCCACGCAUCACUGAGGUGAGUCCAGUGGCUGGACCUAUAGAAGGGGGCACACUGGUCACCAUCCAGGGCCUGAACCUGGGUCUGUCCUUCUCUGAGCUGGAGGGCAAUGUGGAAGUGGCGGGUGUGCAGUGCACCCCACAGGAGGAGGGAUACAUCACUGCAGAACAGAUUGUGUGUGAGAUGGCUGCGGCUCCUAAAGGAAGUGCUCCAGGUCCAGUUAAGCUGUGUGUUGGCGAAUGCAGACCAGAACUGCGCGCACAGUCCUCCCAGCUCUACUCCUUUGUGACUCCUUCGAUGCUGGCGCUGACCCCAGGCAGAGGACCUGAAUCUGGGGGCACCAAGGUCACCAUUGUCGGGGAGAACCUUGGCGCUGGCAGCACUGUUAAUGUGUACUUUGGUAAUCAGACCUGCGAGCUGUACAGGAGGACCAUGUCAGAGAUUGUGUGCUUCUCUGCGCCGUCUGUGACGAAAGCUGGACCAGUGCAAGUCAGUCUGAGUGUCGACCGGGCCAGGGUUCCUGGGAGUCUGGCCUUUGAGUACAUAGAAGACCCCACAGUCCAGCGCAUUGAGCCCCUGUGGAGCAUCACAAGUGGACACACCACCCUGACAGUGACUGGAACCAACCUGGACGUAGUUCAGGAGCCGCGCGUCAGAGUCAAAUAUGCUGGCCAUGAAUCUGUCAAUGUGUGCAAAGUGCUGAACACAACCACCAUCAGCUGCUUCGCCCCCUCUCUGAAGGCGGAGUACACUGCAGACCAGGAGACGAUCAAACACGUGGACGAGUUCGGUUUCGUCUUCAACAACGUCCAAGCUCUGCUCACUUACAACAACACAAGCUUUGUGUACUACCCCAACCCUUACCUGGAACCCCUCAGUCUGUCAGGUGUUCUGGAGCAGAAACCUGGAGCUCCAAUCAUACUCAAAGGACGUAACCUGGUGCCAUCAGCGUCUGGUGGAGCCCGGCUGAAUUACACGGUGCUGAUUGGAGAUACGCCCUGCUCCCUCACUGUGUCCGACACUCAGUUACUCUGUGAGCCGCCGAACCUCACCGGGCAGCACAAAGUCCUGGUCCAAGUAGGAGGACUCCACAUCUCUCCAGGAGAAGUUCACAUCCGGUCCGACAGCCUGCUCACCCUUCCUGCUAUCUUCAGCAUCACAGCUGGAGGAGGGCUGCUACUCAUCAUAGUCAUUAUAGUCUUGCUGGCCUACAGACGGAAGUCGCAUGAGAACGACCUCACUCUGAAACGCCUACAGAUGCAGAUGGACAAUCUGGAGUCCAGAGUGGCUCUGGAGUGCAAGGAGGCCUUUGCAGAGCUCCAGACAGACAUCAACGAGUUAACGAGUGAUCUGGACAGAGCUGGCAUCCCCUACCUGGAUUAUCGCACUUACGCCAUGAGGGUUCUCUUCCCCGGCAUCGAUGAUCAUCCUGUACUCAGAGAGCUGGAGGUGCUGGGGAGCGGACAGGCGAAUGUGGAGAAAGCCUUGAAGCAGUUUGCUCAGCUGGUGAAUAACAAGGUUUUCCUGCUGACAUUCAUCCGCACACUGGAGCUGCAGCGCUCCUUCUCCAUGCGUGACCGCGGCUACGUUGCCUCGCUCAUCAUGACCGCUCUGCAGGGGCGGCUGGAGUACGCCACAGACAUCCUCAAACACCUGCUUUCAGAUCUUAUAGAACGCAACCUGGAGAGCAAGAACCACCCCAAACUCCUCCUACGCAGAACAGAGUCGGUGGCGGAGAAGAUGCUGACAAAUUGGUUUGCCUUCUUGCUACACAAGUUUCUCAAGGAGUGUGCUGGCGAGCCUCUCUUCAUGCUGUUCUGUGCCAUCAAACAGCAAAUGGAGAAGGGACCCAUAGACUCCAUCACUGGAGAGGCACGCUAUUCCCUCAGUGAGGACAAGCUCAUCCGACAGCAGAUUGAAUACAAGACGCUGACGCUGAGCUGUGUGAACCCAGACAAUGAGAACAGUCCAGAAAUCCCUGUCAAGGUGCUCAACUGUGACACCAUUACCCAGGUAAAGGAGAAGAUCCUGGAUGCGGUGUACAAGAACAUGCCCUACUCACAGCGACCACGGGCUGCAGACAUGGAUCUCGAGUGGCGGCAGGGCAGAACAGCUCGUGUGGUCCUGCAGGAUGAGGACAUCACCACCAAGAUAGAGAGCGACUGGAAGAGGCUCAACACGCUCAUGCACUACCAGGUGUCUGAGCGCUGCGUGGUGGCCUUGGUGCCCAAACAGAUGUCCUCUUUCAAUAUUCCAUCCUCGGCCAGCUUCCCACGCAGUAUCAGCAGAUACGGUGUGGACGUUCCCUUCCGUUCCACGCCCACCAGCCCAGACAGCCCCCACUCCCGUGUGCCCAUGCUGACCCCUGACCUGGAGAGCGGCGUCAAAGUUUGGCACUUAGUCAAGAACCACGACCAUGGGGACCAGAAAGAGGGCGAGCGUGGCAGCAAGAUGGUGUCUGAGAUCUACCUGACGAGGCUACUAGCAACAAAGGGCACACUGCAGAAGUUUGUGGACGACCUGUUUGAGACCCUGUUCAGCACUGUGUGUCGGGGCACCGCCCUGCCUCUCGCAAUCAAAUACAUGUUUGACUUCCUGGACGAGCAGGCCGACAGGCACGGUAUCCAUGACACGGAUGUUCGUCACACCUGGAAGAGCAACUGCCUGCCCCUGCGUUUCUGGGUAAAUGUGAUCAAGAACCCCCAGUUUGUGUUCGACAUCCAUAAAAGCAGCAUCACAGACGCCUGUCUGUCUGUGGUGGCCCAAACCUUUAUGGACUCCUGCUCAACUUCCGAACACCGCCUGGGCAAAGACUCACCAUCCACCAAACUACUCUAUGCCAAGGACAUACCACACUACAAAAGCUGGGUAGAAAGGUACUACGCUGACAUCAACCGCCUGCCUGCCAUCAGUGAUCAGGAUAUGAAUGCCUAUCUGGCUGAACAGGCCCGCCUUCACUCCAGUGAGUUCAACAUGCUCAGCGCCCUCCAUGAGAUCUACGCUUACGUCAGCAAGUACAGCCAAGAGAUCAUCGAGGCGCUGGAGCAGGAUGAACAGGCCCAGAAGCAGAAGUUGGCUUAUAAAGUGGAGCAGAUCAUCUCAGCCAUGUCUAUGGAGAGCUGAGACACACACACCCCUACAUACAUAUACAAACAUACACCACACACACUGAAACAUGCUACAUCAGAGGACUUAAAAACCCAUCUGCAACACGUGUGGCACUCAGAUGUGCACGUGAACACACACAUUAUGUAUGCACAUAUACAAUCACACACACACACAGAUGUACACAGAGACGCUGCAGACUUAAUGGACCUACUGUAUAAACAAACUGAUAAUACAUACACAAAGAGAUUCACACACAUGCAUAAAUACACACAUCCAAAUGUACAUACACACAGCGCAGCACACAGAUCGUCCCAAAGCAACGACUUUUGAAUCCAAUGUCAUCGUUUUUUUCAGAAGAAACUCCAACAGGCAAACACCCAACUUCUAAAACGCUCCUAUAGCGAGAGAGACACAGAGAGGAUUUGGGCCAUCACGGUUGCUGAAUUUGCAGCCAAUUCUUCUCCGCUGGGUAAUGGUUUGUCUUUGUAGUGGGUGCUUAUACUAAAUGUGUGUGUGUGUGUGUGUGUGUGUGUGUGUGUGUGUGUGAGUGUGCGUGCAUGUAUGUAAGUGUGUGUGUGUGUGUGUGUGUGUGUGGCAUGGCUGGAGCUCUGAAGAGAACAGCACUUAUUAAGAAUGACUCAACUUGAAAAGUCACUGGAGUUGCUCAACAAAGACAGGAGACAAUUUAAUGGGACGGCACAUGUGGUGAGACAAGACUCAAAGUACUUUUUAUAUGUCAAAGAUGAAGGACGCUUAUUCGCACUACAUAUCACGGGCUUGGAGUGACAUCGCCAUUCGGAGCGGAGACGUGUACUUUUGUGGUGUUAAGCCUUUUUCCUAUUGCCUUUUAAAGGCUUAAAAAAGAGAACACUAAAGACUCUGGCAUCAUUACUUUUCAUCCCCCCACUUGAAGCUUCCUAUCUUGAAGUAUUUUUUGUUUAAUGAAUUACAAUUCUGCCGGGGAUUGAACAGCAGACACAGAAUUUGGAAUCGGCAAGGUGCAGGUCCGGCUCUUGAAUAAUAAAACACUGCGAAGGCAUCACCUUCAAGAUUGAAAUAUAUGUGGAAAUAUUUCCAGAAACAAUCCCUGGCUUUUUGUGCCAAAUAUAAUUAGUCUCAUGUUUCAUUCAUGUUAAAUGCUCCUGUAGAAGCUAUUAAUCAUACAUGCCAUUGUACGGAAAAGAUCCCAUUUGAGAUAGGGAAUUUUGUACAGUGAUGAUCUAUAGACCACCAAUUCAGCCAUUCAAAGAUAAGUGGAGACCAAAUUGAACUGUAACAGAAAGCAUGAUUAAUGAUGCUAUAAGUCUGAUCGAGGAUCAGAUUAGCCAAACCCCCGGCCAACGCCGCCGCCUCCCCCACCCUCACCCCCGUCUCAUCAGUCAUUGUUUACAUUCAGCGUGAUACUUGAAAUGCACCGAGUGUACGAGAUAUUAAGAACACCUGCUGCUCCUGUGAAGUAAUCUGCUUGGAUUAAGUUAGAUGAAGGCUCUGAUGCCUCAUUGAUUUUCCCGAUAAAUCCACUUUCAACGUAACCUGGAAAUUAAACGCAGGAAACGAGCUGGAAGGAUUUCUCACCCUGGAGACGUCUGAGCUGUGGGUGCUGUGAGAGAAUCUGUGGCUCAAGUAGAAAGUCAGUGUUCCUAAUAUUUUGUCCACAGAGUGGAUAUAUGAUUAAUGAUACAUGUGUUUGGGACCAGCAGUUGGUCCUUGUAAAGUUCAUUCAUUAAAUAUGGAAGCAAAUAAGAGACAUACGUGUUUGUAUUUUAACAGCCACUGAAUACUGAAUAUUAACAUUUAAACACCACUACAUUAAAAUAAAUUCACAGCAUUAAAAUGUUUUACUUUGAAAACCAUGCAGCUAUCUGAAUUUAUUUGUU